GUUUAAUUUUAAACAGUUAAGACAGAGCAGCUAUUUUAUCGUCCUAUUGUUCAUUUGUUGUCAUGCUGGCUUGAUUCAAACCUUUGUGUAGCUUUUAAUUGUCGUUGCGGGAACAAUGCCGGUACCGAAAAAGCCCGUUUUAAUGUUUUUAAAAGUAUAGUUCUUAGCUACAAGCAAGCUAGCUACAUUAGCACUAGCCCUAUCAUUGAAUAGUUUCGUUACAAUAUAUAAUGUUUAUUUGUAUUUUACAUUGUGUCAUAGAUAGCGUUGCGGCACAUAUUCAUCAAACAUUAAUUGAUAAGUCACUGGAAUGGAUGUUCUGAUACAAGGUCCAUUUAAGCUCUGUAAUUAAGACAAUCAGAACCGGUCUUGUUCGUUAGAUAAGGUUUAUUUAUGUCAGACUAAAGUCCUAUUUUGUGGACUUUGGACUGAAAUGUUCCUUUUGGUUCAGAAGGAGCUAGGACUGCUUGUUGUGUUCUAAGACCUGCCAGAACUUUAGUGGACUUUCUACCACCAUGACUCUGACGCUGCAUGCUCCCCUUGUGAGGACACUUGGCCUGUUCGUGGUCGUGGUUGUGGUUCUGCGGGCGGAACCAGACACGUGUUUCUCCAGACAGCACCAGAACGCCAUUGUCAAUGUCCGAUUGGCCUUCAACGCGACUGGUACCGCCAUGGAUGCUCGCGUGGUCCACUCGGAGCAGGACUGUGUUCUGGCCUGCUGCUCUCAACAGGUCAAGCCAGGUGCCAAGUGCAACAUGGCCGUCUUCAACGGCAACAAGACCGGCGGUGAAGACAACUGCUUCCUGUUCCAUUGUCCCACCGAGCAGGCCUGUCCUCUGAUGGCUCAGUCAGGUGUUCGCACCUACGACAUCUACAAAGGCAUGAUUCAUCCAGCCACCAUCAGGCCUGUUUCCAUGACAACCAGCACCACCACUGCUCCACCGCCUCCUACCACCACCACCACCACCACAACAACACACUCUUCCACCACGCCACCUACCCCCAAAGCCACUGCCACGCCCACUUUUCCAUCUGCCGUGCCAACCACGACACUGGCAAUAAAGGCCACGCCCACAAAAAGACCAAACAAGAUGAGCAAGAAGCAAAAUAAAACAACCAGAAAAGGAAAAGGUCAUGCUGUGAUGGUGCACUCCACAACGAUGUCCGAGGAGGUGCUCGCUACUACUUUGACUCCUCCUACUACUUCUACUGCUCUUCCUACCACUGUUUCUGCCACCAGCUUGGCUCCUCCUACCACUUCUUUGGCUCCUCCUACUUUAAGUUCUACAACCAUGGCUGCUACAACUCCACCUUCUACAACCAUGGCUCCUCCCACCUCGACUCUUGCUCCUUCCACCACUACCACUUUGAUCUUGGCUCCUCCCAUGACCAGGUCUACUACAACUGUGGCUGCUCCCACUACUACAUCAACCACAAGUCCUCCCAUCACAAUGGCUUUGACUACAAAGGCCCCUCCCACACCUACUCCUCCCCUUCCCGGCAGGACUGUGGCUCCGCCCACGACAUCGAGCACGAUGUCAGCGUAUGCUGGCAGAACGAGUCAGAACGUGGUCAUCGUACCCCACAUUGACGUCCCCACCCUCCAGAACAUGGGCAACACUCGGGGGAAAGCGCCAACAGCGGCACAAGGGGCGCUAAGAAUCGGCGUGGUGGCGUUUAUGGUCAUAGCCAUCGCCGUGGUAUCUUUGGCGCUAGCAGUUGGUGGCCGUAAGGCGAUGGAGUCGUUCGACAGACGCCAUUACACCAGACUGGAGCUCAACGACUUGCACUACGACGUGUAAUCUUUUGCAGGGCCUAAAGGGGUGUGGCCACCUUUUGCACACCUUUUUGAUACAUGACAUCAUCCCAAUCAAAGAUCAAUAUGAGGCGGUGUCUCCACCAUGCUACUGCAAAGACAGAAGGAGUGAACAGCAAUACUUAGGUCCUGUGAAACUCAGGAAGCUUCUUAAUUAAGACUUUAAACAACUUAAUUAAAUUGAUUAAAGCUUUGAUCAACUUUAUUAACUGAAUUUAAUUAAGUUAAUCAUAGCUUGAAUUGAUUUAGUUAAUUAAGGCUUUAAUCAUCAUGUCACCUGCAUGUCUUUGUACUUCACACUUUCAAGAUGGAGGAAUUAUUUACUAUCAACUAUUCUAUCUUGUGUAUUUUCAGAAAUGCAACGUGCAUCUUUUCAAAUACUAAUAGUUCGUUAAGGAUAAUAAUGACACUUUUCCUAGUUAAAGCACACUGGCCGUGCACUUUUUUCCGUGCACUAUUUUGCUACUUGUUUAUAUGAAGCUGCUGCAGCGUGUUCUGUCCGCUAGGUGGCAGCAGCAGGCCGCAUCACACUUUGUUAUUGUGUUAUUUUUGGUGUUUUGUUGAUUUUUUUCACUACGUUCAAUCCAAAUUUGCUUUGGUUUUGUUGUCUAGUGACGCUUAUGCAGAAGUUUGGAAAUUGAUGUUUUUUCUUGUAACGAUUAAAAAUGUGAUUUUUGCAGGAA